AUGGCCAAAGAACGCAAGGCCCGCGGUGAAAGUUCCGCCAAAGCGAAAAAGGCCGCCAAAGCCAAAGGAACCCGGCCCGUAGCAUGUCUCAACUGUCGGACGCGGAGGUCUUAUUGCUCAAAAGACCGACCGAGCUGUUCGCGAUACCUGAGAGAGCUUCAGGCAAAGGCCUGGGCUUAUGAGAAUGGUGGCGCGGAUAUCGACCCGGAAAGGCUCCCCGAGGAGGCGGGCAUAUCGGACGCCAGCGAGCAAGAGUUUGACGAGGACGAGGAUGGAGCAGUCGAAGAAGCCCCGCAGUAUCCAUUCCCCGUCGCAAAGGAAGAAGAGGACGAGGAAUUCGGCAAUGGCCUCCACCUCCUCGAGCCCUUUAACCAAUUAGGCCUCAAAGAGCUUCCCACAACCUUCAGAGGUCCUGGCUCCUCGGACAAUUUCCUCAAAACCGUCAGCAAGCUCUCGGGCCUCCACGAAGACGACGCCAGCCUCGACACCAACCCAAACUUUUACGAGCCCGGCGCCCUCCCCUCCCGCAGGGUCCUCUCCUGGUUCCCCGUCCGCCUGCCCCACUUCGACAUCGCCCGCUGCCUCUUCGCCGCCCACGCCAUGCAGCAGCUGCUCGCCGCCUACCGCGGGCCCCCGGACCCCUUUGACCGCGAGGCCUGCCUCUCCUACGCCAAGGUCCUCGUCCUCUUGGCCUUUGGCCAAAUGUACUCGGUCAACCGCUUGGUGGGCUGCCGCGGCCCCGGCUUCGACUACUUCUCCUCCGCGCUGAGCCUCCUCCCGGAAACGUACGAGGAAGGCUCCAUCUCCGCCACCGACAAAACCGACGACGCGGCCCUUCGCGAGCACCGCCGCCGCGUCUGGUGGUCCAUCUACAGCCUCGAUCGUAUCCUCUCCGUCAAAUCCGGCAACCCCGUCACCAUCCACGACGAGGACAUUGGCGUCAAUCUCCCCUCCCGCCUCCCCCACGAGCCCGAGUACUGCGCCGCCGUCGUCUUGCGCCACUACACCCAGCUCUCCCGCAUCCUGGGCAAGAUCCACGCCACCAUCUACCGCCGCUCCUCGGGCCCUUCCGCCAAGUCCGGCAAGAGCCUCAUGGCCUCGGUCCAAGAGAUUGUCCUCGCCCUCUCCGAGUGGAAUCGCCGCCUGCCCGACGAGCUGCGCUUCGACCCCGCCCGCCUGAGCGUCAGCCGCGAGAGCGUGAGCACUUUUUCCCACUACUACCAGUGCAUCAGCAUGACCGUCCGGCCCCUCCUCUUCCACGUCGUCCAGCGCCGUCUCCAGCACAUCCGCGCCUCGGGCGACCCCGCCGCCAAAGAGCAGGACUGGCGCCUAGGGCUGUCCUCCUCGACCGUGAGAAUGAUUGACCUCUGCAUCAACGGCGCCAAGGACGUCGUCCACAUGAUGACGUGGGCUGCGCAAAAGGACCUAGUUGCUACGUACGGCUACAUGGACGGAGACCACGUCUUCUCCGCCGCCAUCGCCCUCGUCAUGGCCUGCGUCGCAUUCCCCACCGACGCCUCCAACACCGCUGCCAUGGAAGGCGGUCUCACGCUGCUCAAGACCAUGAGCGCCCGCGGCAACACCCACAUCGCCGCCCGCUAUGAACUCCUCGACAACAUUCGUAAAACAUCCCUAGGCUCCGCUCCCGCUCCCGCCCCCGCCCCCGCGCCCUCCUUCUCCUCCCCCGGCUUCACCACUACUACUUCGUCCUCCGCCACCCCCGCUUCGUCGUCUUCUCCGCCUACCGCCUUUUCCUUCUCCCCCGCCGCCUCCGCCCCCUCUCGACGCUCGGGCAUCGACGAUACCCUCUGGGAGGAGGUCUUUGCGAACCCAACUGUCGAGUCCGGCUUCGACUUCCCGGGGUGGCCUCACAUGGCCCUGGAUCCGGAUCACUGGAAUGGCCCGGGAGUAUAA